AUGCUCAGACAUACACUACUGCUCGUCUCAGGCAUUGCCUUUGCAUCCGCUGCCUCUCCAGGUCCUGGAAGUGCAUUCGGCAGCUCUAACGAUACUGCCUUUGUAGAUGCAAAUCGAAAUCCCAACAUCACAAAAUCAGUCCCGUUCCAGAUGGGUGACAGGAACUUCACGUUCCGCGUCAACGUUGCAGAGUUCACGCCAGACACCAAUACAAGCGUACAGGAUCCACGUAUUGCAGCAUCUUUCUAUGCCCUCGAAUGGUCAGGUUCAACCGAUCUGAACGAUACCAUCGCUGCCGCGGAGUCUGUCGGUGAAGGACAAAAGCCUCGUCUUUGUGCCUCGUUCCCUCUUGGUCUGUUAUCAGCAUCUGCUAAUAACGGAUAUGAUGAGAAAGACGAUGGGGAUUGCACAGGAGCCCUUGGANAAGAUUGUGUGAACGAUCUGAAGCAAUCGGGCUAUGAUCUCGGCGUCGAUUGCUCGCCCAACAUACCCCAAAGCUGCUCUGGGAAAUUUGGCGAUGGAGGCAUUGGAAGCGGUUCAUUACUCAAUUGGGAUUCACCUCAAAACUCAUCCGAACCUGCAGUACAAAUGUCUCCAUUCAAUUUCUACCAGUGGUCAUCUCAAGUAUACCCAGCUGGGAAUGGUACUGCUUUCGAAAGGGAGUCCGAGCGUCUCCAUGUCGUGGUCUUCUCUGGAAAGAAUACUUAUCCUGUUUGUCUUCGUGUCAAGACCGACCAUCUAAACAAGAAGAGUCCCGCGGCCUCUGGAGCAGCAGGAAGUUUAACGGGAAGUCUGAUGCCCGCGAUGAUAGUAGCUCUGAGCGCCGCAUUUUGGCUGGCUUGA